AUGGUGACAGUUCAGAGUCAACCUGCAGGCUGUGGCCCGUUCCGUCCUGACACCCCCGUCACUUGCCAGCCCCUUCCCUCAGCCUCCCUGAGCCUGGAAGCCAGGAGCCCCUCUACCAAGGUGCACCAGGAAGGAGAACUGCGGCGCCUCGGCCGAGCCCCGGAGGUCGCCUGGGACAUCAAGCAGUGCGUCCGCCUCAGCGUCCACCCCAGCAACAUCUCCGUGUCCCAGUUCAGCGUCACGCUGAUCCUGGAGGCCCAUAACGUCCCAGAGUUGUCUGCAGGGGUCAACUGUACCUUUGAGGACCUGGCUGAGAUGGACGGUCUGGUGGAGGGGAACCGCAUCAGGUGCAGCUCGCCUGCCGAGAAGGAGGUGCCUCGCAUUAUCGUAGACAAAGCUGAUCACCAGAUAGUUCAGCUCUACCUCAAGUCCAAGGAGACAGGCCUGGUCUUCGCCAACACCAGCUUUGUCUUCUACAACUGCAGCGUCCACAAGUCGUGUUUGUCAUGUGUGAGAAGCCCCUACCAGUGCCACUGGUGUAAAUACAGACAUGACUGCACCCACGACCCACGCACCUGCUCCUUCCAGGAGGGACGCGUCAAGAAGCCAGAGGAGUGUCCCCAGCUGCUGCCCACCGAGCGCAUCCUGGUGCCGGUCAACGUGGUGAAGCCCAUCACCCUGCGGGCCAAGAACCUUCCCCAGCCACAGUCAGGACAGCGGGGCUAUGAGUGUCUGCUCACCAUCCAGGGCGUAGAGCAGCGGGUGCCUGCGCUCCGCUUCAACAGCAGCUGUGUUCAGUGCCAGAACACCUCGUACUCAUAUGAUGGGAUGGAGAUGAGCAGCCUCCCUGUGGACCUGACGGUCAUCUGGAACGGAGACUUCAGCAUCGACAACCCUGCCGAAAAUAAAGUUCACCUGUACAAGUGUGAUGCCCAGAGGGGUAGCUGUGGCCUGUGUCUGAAGGCAGACCCCCUGUUUGGCUGUGUGUGGUGUAAAGGGGAGAACCGCUGCACCCUCAAGCAGCACUGUCCCCACCCUGAGAGCCAGUGGCUGGAGCGCAAUGGACUCAACAGCAAGUGUACCCACCCACGCAUCACCCAGAUCACUCCGCUGCGGGGGCCUCGGGAAGGGGGCACCCUAGUAACCAUCCGGGGGGAGAACCUGGGCCUGGACUUCAGUGAGAUCCAGGGGAACGUCAGGGUGGCCGAGGUGGACUGUACCCCCGUCCGCGAGGGAUACAUCCCCGCAGAACAGAUAGUGUGUGAGAUGGCGGUGGCAACGCCGAGCCAGUUCGCCAACUACGUGGAGGUGUGUGUGGGGGGUGUGGGGGUCAGAGAGUGUCCCAAAGAGUUCAGGGCCGUAUACUCCAAGUACUACUACUUCGUGGUCACCAGACUGAUCAGCCUGAAGCCCAGCCGAGGGCCCGUCUCCGGGGGAACCAUCGUCAACAUCACCGGUAGCAACCUGGACGCCGGGAGCAACGUGUCCAUCAUGUUCAAGGACCAGAAGUGCACAUAUCACAGGAGGGGCGGCCAGUGGAUCACGUGUCGCUCCCACGCCUCGCUGCAAGGAUAUGGAAACGUCAGUGUGUCAGUGACGGUGGACAAGGCCCGCAUACAGAAAGACUUGAAGUUUGAGUACGUGGAGGACCCCACUAUCAUCAAGCUGGAACCUGAGUGGAGCAUCUUCAGUGGACACACACCUGUGACUGUGACCGGCACCAACCUGGACAUCAUACAGAGCCCCCUCAUCAGAGCCAAGUACAACGGUCGAGAGACGGUCAACAUAUGCCAGGUGUUCAGCCCCACGUCCAUGCUGUGCCAGGCCCCAGAGCUGCCCAUCAGCCUGGGCAGGCAGAGGGAGGUGCCAGCGCAGCCCGAUGAGUUUGGCUUCAUCCUGGAUGACGUGCAGGCAGUGCUGGCCCUCAACAACACGCC